AUGGGCUCACAUAUGUUCUUGCCUAUGGAAGAUGUACCUGAAGGAGCUGAGAUAGGGGCAAUAUUGCUCUUUUGUGGGAACAGUUUAUAUGCUAGAAAGAGAAGAGCUAGAAGGAUGAAUAUCUGCUCUUACUGUGCUAGGAGCAACUGCAAUGGUUACAUCAGAGAUGGAGGUCAACGUUUUUCUGAAUUUCCUUUUGUUAAUGAAAUUCUGCACUUUCAGUAUGUUGAGUCUGUAGUCCUUCCAGCUGUCAAUGAAAAUUCUGAUUUUGAUACGGCAGGACAUGCUUUGCUGUCAUUCAUGGAGAGGUUUUCGGGAUACAACAAGAUCAGCAUGUAUCCUGAAGAUAUGGAAAAGACUGCUUUCAGCACCCGUUGGGGGACCUAUUGCUAUAAGGUAAUGCCAUUUGGUCUAAAGAAUGCUGAAGCCACAUAUCAAAGGGCCGCUACCACUAUUUUGCAUGAUAUGAUUCACAAGGAAGUGGAAGUCUAUGUCGAUGAUAUGAUUGUCAAUGUUCAAGUUGUUGAAGAAGGAUCAGCCCAUACGGUGGAAUUCCCAAUGUCAAGAAGCCUUCGACAAAGUCAAGGAAUACUUUUAAAUCCAUCAGUUCUUAUGCUACCAAUAAAGAGGAAACCACUUCUGUUAUGUCUGUCAAUAGGACAGUUCUCGAUGGGGUCCAUGUUAGCUCAGAAAGAUAAGGUAAAAGGAGUAGAACAGGCUAUCUACUAUUUGAGUAAGAAAUUCUUGGAGUAUGAAGUUCGAUAUACAUCAUUAGAAAAGACUUACACAGCUCUUAUUUGGGCAACAAGAAGAUUGCGACAGUAUAUGGUGGCAUAUCUUAUUCGCUUGAUUUCCAAAAUGGAUCCUAUCAAAUAUUUGUUAAAUCCUGCACUCACUGGUAGAACGGCAAGGUGGUUGUUAUUACUCUCAGAAUUUGACAUUACAUAUGUCAAUCAAAAGUCUAUCAAAGGCAGAGCAAUUGUGGAUCAUGGGUCUACACAUCCCACAGAAGAUGGAAAAUCAUUAGAUGAUGCUUUUCCAUAUGAGGAAUUCAUGACAGUUGAAGAAGAAAACUCUGUUAACGCAUGGCAAUUAUAUUUUGAUAGAGCAGCCAAUCAAAGAGGGUAUGGGGCAGGAGUGUUAUUAAUAACACCCGACGAGUUUUGUUUGCCUUCAUCUUUUCGACUUGAUUUUUCUUGCAUUAAUAAUAUUACUGAAUAUGAAGCAUAUGCAAUCGGUCUGAAGAUAGCUCUGACAAUUGGGGUAAAAAAGAUCCAAGUGUUUAGUGACUCAUCCAUUGUAAUCUGCCGAACUCAAGGGAAAUGGAAGACUAGAGAUGAGAAAGUGAAACGUUAUCAAGAAUAUCUGGAGAAGAUCUCUAAACACUUUGAAGAAAUCUCUUUCAAAUACUUCCAGAGAGAUAGCAAUCAGUUCGUCGAUGCUCUUGCAACAUUAGUAUCAAUGGUUGAGUGUAGUCCUAUGGCCCAAGGAAGGGAAAUACCCUAUGGAAGCAAGAUCAGGGGAAAAGAAGUUUCUCAGAAAAUUUGCCACCCAAUUCACAUUACAAGAUGA